CCCAACCGAAGCGAGUAGGACGCCAAAACAGCUGGAAGAGGGAAAAAAGAGGGGCGACUGUUUUGCGGAUGACAAAAGGAUGGGUUUCCAUGUAAUUAAGCAGUUGAGAGGCAUGAGUGCGCUGCUCGUGCUCCUACCUACGGUGUUGUUCGUGACGCUGACGGGGGCUCAGCGAGCUUGCCCCAAGAACUGCAGAUGCGAUGGCAAAAUUGUGUACUGUGAAUCUCACGCGUUCAGAGACAUCCCUCAGAACAUUUCGGGAGGGUCUCAAGGCUUAUCAUUACGGUACAACAGCAUCCAAAAGCUCAAGCCAAAUCAGUUUGCAGGCCUUCACCAACUCAUAUGGCUUUACCUUGACCAUAAUUACAUCAGCUCUGUAGACGAGGAAGCGUUUCAGGGCAUCCGUAGGCUGAAGGAAUUAAUUCUGAGCUCCAACAAAAUCACUCACCUGCACAACAAAACGUUUCAUCCAGUGCCCAACCUCCGUAACCUGGACCUGUCGUACAACAAGCUGCAGGCAUUGCAGUCAGAGCAGUUUAAAGGCCUUCGCAAGCUCUUGAUCUUACACUUACGAUCCAACUCAUUAAAAACUGUUCCAAUUCGAGUUUUCCAAGAUUGCCGCAAUCUCGAUUUUCUGGAUUUGGGCUACAACCGCCUGCGGAGUUUAUCCCGUAAUGCCUUUGCUGGCCUCUUGAAGCUAACGGAGCUCCACUUGGAGCACAAUCAGUUUUCUAAGAUCAACUUUGCUCACUUUCCACGGCUCUUCAACCUCCGCUCUAUUUACUUGCAAUGGAAUAGGAUCCGGUCCAUUAGCCAAGGUUUAACAUGGACUUGGAGUUCCUUACACAACUUGGAUUUAUCGGGGAAUGACAUUGCAGGGAUUGAACCUGGGACGUUCCAGUGCUUGCCCAAUUUGCAGAAGCUCAAUUUGGAUUCCAACAAACUCACCAACAUCUCUCAGGAGACUGUCAAUGCCUGGAUUUCCUUAACGUCCAUUACUCUGUCUGGAAAUAUGUGGGAAUGUACUCGAAUCAUUUGUUCUCUUUUUAAUUGGCUUAAAAACUUCAAGGGAAACAAAGAGAGUACCAUGAUUUGUGCAGGCCCUAAGCAUAUCCAGGGAGAGAAGGUGAGCGAUGCUGUAGAAACCUACAACAUCUGUGCUGAAAUCCCAGUUGUGGUCACUGAAAAGCCCUACCAGCCACCUAAAACUCCACAGAGGCCUAUCUUUAUUCCAAAACCCACUCUUCCCAAACUGGAGGACUACCAACAAACCUCUUUUACAUCUAGCCCAUCUCCAGAUUUCCCCACAUCUGGACCGGAACCAGAGUAUGAGCAUGUUUCCUUUCACAAGAUUAUUGCUGGAAGUGUUGCCCUCUUUCUUUCAGUGGCUAUGAUUCUGUUGGUCAUCUAUGUCUCCUGGAAGCGCUAUCCAGCCAGCAUGAAACAGCUCCAGCAACACACUCUUAUGAAGAGACGCCGGAAAAAGGCCCGAGAGUCUGAAAGGCAAAUGAACUCCCCUUUACAGGAGUAUUAUGUGGACUACAAGCCAACAAACUCUGAGACCAUGGAUGUAUCGGUUAAUGGAUCUGGACCCUGCACGUAUACCAUUUCUGGCUCCAGGGAAUGUGAGCUCUCCGGAGAUGUCCUCUUUCAAAAAGGAAUUGUCAUGGAUGAUUGUGCAGUGAAUAAGGUCCCUCACCAUAUGAAAACCUUGCCCUAUUAUGGCUACGACCAACCGGUGAUUGGAUACUGCCAGGCCCACAAACCCCUCCAUGUAAAUAAGGGAUAUGACACCAUUUCCCGGGACCAGGCCGAAACCACCAACAUGGAGCUCAGUCGAGAUCAUAGCUUCAUUGCUACAAUUGCACGUUCUGCUGCUCCAACUAUUUACAUUGAGAGAAUACCAAACUGAUGGAAUUGUUUU